ACCCGUACUAAGGAAAAUGCAGUUGUUGAUUGUACUUACCAAUUGCAACUACCUCAAAUGUUGUCUGCCCCAGAUGAUAGCAUUCUUUUCCCCAUUUCCCCAUUUCCCCACCUUCCUAACUUCCAUCAUUUUCUCUUCACUUCAUUCCUCAAUCUUCCCAAAUCCCAAUCACUCUUCUUCAUCACUUCCCACUUUUAACAAACCCUAUAAUAUCUUCAUUUUUCACCUUCAAUUUCUCCUCCAAUGGCGAAAUUCAUUAAAUCAGAAAACUUUUUCAACAUGUUGAGCGAAGAAAUUGUUCUUUUGAUCCUUAAUAAGCUCCAAGACCCAAUUUCCAUUAACUCAUUUUCACAAACUUGCAAAAAUUUUUACUUAAUUGAAUCCAAACAGCGAAGAUCCGCCAAAUUAAUUCGACCCGAUUUUCUCCCUACCAUAACCCGUCGUUACCCAUUUCUCUCUCAUCUUGAUCUUUCUCUUUGCCCUCGUGUUACUGACUCUCACCUUAGCUUGGUCUCCAUUUUGGGUACUUCUUUGUUAUCUAUUAAGCUUACUUUAUGUAGGUUUGUAACCGGGUCUGGGGUUUCGGAUUUGGUAUCAAAAUGCCCGAAUUUGGUGGAGUUGGACCUUAGUAAUGCUACUGAGCUUACUGAUUCUACUGCCGCUGCCAUUUCCGGGGCUAAAAAGUUGGAAAAAUUGACAAUGGUGAGAUGUAAACUGGUUUCGGAUAUGGGUAUUGGUUGCAUUGCUGUUGGGUGUCCGAGAUUGAAGUGGGUUAUUUUGAAAUGGUGUUUAAGAGUUACUGAUUUAGGGGUUCGUCUUCUUGCUAUCAAAUGUCAAGAACUUCAAAGCUUGGAUCUUUCUUAUGUCUCGAUAACCGAGAAAAGCCUUGUGCCUAUCUUGCAACUAGCUCAUCUUGAAGAACUAGUCUUGGUGGGAUGUCUUGGCAUUGAUGAUGACGGCCUUGCUUUUUUAAAUGAAGGUUGUUCCACGUUGAAGAGACUUGAUUUAUCUAAAUGUCAGAACAUAGGUCACACUGGUCUAGCCAAUCUAACAAGAGGUGCUAGAUGUCUGAAAGAGGUCAUAUUGGCAUAUGGCUCUGCUGUUACUCUUGAUGUGGCAAAGUGUUUCAAGAAGUUCUCGAUGUUGCAGUGUCUUAGACUAGAUGGUUCCUCUGUCACGUCUUCUGCAUUGAGGAUGAUAGGAAACUGGUCUGGUUCUCUUAGAGAGCUGAGCUUGAGUAAAUGCACAGGCGUGACAGAUGACGGCAUCAUUUAUAUUGUGAGGAAGCAUACUCAGUUAAAGAAACUAGACAUUACGUGCUGCCGCAAGAUCACUUCUGUGUCUAUUGACUGUAUUACUAGUUCUUGUACUGCCCUCUUGUCCCUUAAGAUGGAGGCUUGUUCUCAAAUCUCGGCUGAUGCUUUUGUAUUGAUUGGACAGCGUUGUCAAUUUUUGGAGGAAUUAGAUGCCACGGAUAAUGAGAUAGAUGACGAAGGCCUGAAAUCCAUUGCUGGAUGUUCCAGGCUUUCAUGCUUGAAAUUAGGGAUCUGCCUCAAAAUCACGGAUGAUGGUCUGAUGCAAGUCGGGAUGCAUUGCGCUAGAAUAAAAGAGAUCGAUUUAUACAGGGCCAUAAAAAUAUCGGAUGAAGGCAUUGCAUCAAUCGCUCAAGGUUGCUCUGGUCUUGAGUUGAUCAACAUUGCAUAUUGUGAUCAAAUCACAGAUUCCUCUCUUUUAUCAUUAUCAAAAUGUACGAGAUUAAAAGUAUUGGAAGCCAGAGGGUGCCCUCGUAUCACGUCAGAUGGUCUAGCGGCCAUUGCUGCUGGAUGCCGGCAACUUGCUGUCCUUGACAUAAAGAAGUGUUACAAAAUCGACAACUCUGGAAUGAUUCCUCUUGCUCGAUAUUCAGUAAACCUCAAACAGAUAAACUUGUCGUAUUGCUCAGUUACUGAUGUAGGGCUGUUGGUGUUAGCUAGCCGAAGCCCAUUACAGAACAUGACGAUAUUACAUCUGUCCGGACUAAGCCCGAAUGGGCUAGCAGCUGCCUUGCUAACGUGUAGAGGGCUAAAGAAAGUCAAACUCCACGCAUCUUUCAAAGCUCUUCUUCCUCAGUCGCUUCUUGCCCACAUGGAAAGCCGUGGCUGUGUUCUUCACUGGAGAGACAAAGCCUUUCAGCCUCAGAUUGACACAGACUGGUAGACACUCCUGACCCAUUUGACACUCCUUUGGACCAGCAAGAAGAAAACAUCAACUAAUUUUUAAGGAUUUCUACCUUUUUUUUUCUUGUUCUCCCCUAACUUUUAGUUUUGGAGUUUGGGCAUUGACCUCAUAAUUAAUAAUUGUGUCAAUAUAGAGGAGAUAACAACUGAUAAUGACUUCAAACAGAAGAAGUUUGGAUCAGUAAUAUACUUGUAUUUGUUAAUAUGUAGUAGUAUUCUGUCUCGUUUAAUUUGCUAUAGUUGUAAAUUUAUGUUUUUUUA